UCACUCUGGAACCGAGUGGCGGCAGCGCGGGGGAAGGGGAGGGCGGGGCCGCAGGGCCGCGCCGAGGCCCCGAUUGGCGGCGCCGUCGCCCCGCCCCGCGGCCGAGGCCGGGUGUCCCCCGCCCCCCGCGGGGGAGCUGUGCCGCCGUCCCGGGUACCUCGUUGAUACCUUGUAGAGGCAAUGGAGGCAAUGAUUCAAACUCUGUCGUAAUUAAAACAUAAAGAAAAAAACUAUUCUUAGCUGUACAAUACUCUUGCAGUAUCAUUCAAUGCCUAACAUUUCAGAAGAUGAAAAGGAGAAUGGUUCUGGAAAUAAUGGAAACACUGAAAACAAACCUGGGAAAGAAUCCCCAGAAGCUUCUCUUCGUGAUCCUGUGAAGCCAUACUGCAUGUCAGGCGCCUCCUCUGCAUCCUUGGUGUCCAGGGGCGAUGGGCAUUAUCCAUGGGGAUGUCCUGUGACUCAUACACGAGAGAAAUUUUAUACCAUCUGCUCAGACUAUGCUUUUUUAAACAGAGUAACAUCUAUUUGUAAAAGCCCAAGUGCUUCAGUUAGUGCCUGCCUGUCAGGCAGUGCUGCCUUAAAUGUUGGAAAUAACACACCUAGCUUACUUGGCAUUCAAACUGGUGCUUCAGAGGUAAUCUACAGUGAAGAUGCUAACUUGGAAAACUUGCCUGGUGAUCUUGGAAAGCUCCCACUGGCAUGGGAAAUCGACAAAUCGGAGUUCAAUGGCGUGACCACAAAUCUGAAGAACAAAGCAGGCAACAUGAAGAAACAAGUAACAAAGAAAAAAUCUGUAGACAAAAAAAGCAAACAAUACAGGGAGUGUCCUCAGCGUUCUGCUCUUGAAGAUGUGAAGGAGAGGAAAGUGUUGGACCUCCGGAGAUGGUAUUGUGUUAGCCGACCUCAAUAUAAGACUUCCUGUGGAAUUUCAUCCUUAGUGUCAUGCUGGAAUUUCUUAUAUAGCACACUGGGAGCUGGAAGUUUACCACCUAUUACUCAAGAAGAAGCUUUGCAUAUACUGGGCUUUCAGCCCCCAUUUGAGGAGAUUAGGUUUGGUCCCUUCACUGGAAAUACAACUUUAAUGAGGUGGUUUAGGCAAAUAAAUGAUCACUUCCAUAUCAAGGGAUGCUCGUAUGUUCUGUAUAAACCUCAUGGGAAGAACAAGACAGCUGGAGAAACUGCUGCAGGGGCCCUUGCAAAGCUAACACGUGGACUGAAAGAUGAAUCAAUGGCCUACAUCUACCAUUGCCAAAACCAUUAUUUUUGCCCAAUUGGAUUUGAAGCAACCCCAGUAAAAGCUAGUAAAGCCUACAGGUUGCUGGAUUUGGACUCGGGAGACCUGGGUUCAGUUCCCAGUUCAACCACAGACUUCCAGUGUGACUUUAGAGGUCGUGUCUUGCAGCAAGAAGUAGAAUAUUGGAUCUUAAUUGGAGAGCCAAGCAGAAAACAUCCAACAAUACACUGUAAAAGGGCUGGCUCUGCGGUUUUGUAUCAGGUGGCAGGACACGUGUGAGCUCCCGAAAGCCAAAGUCCGCUUCUCGUGUUUGAGUGUGACACAGCUCACGUUCGUUGGGAAGAAAAGACACCUCAGCUGUCUGCGAUCAUUCCACUUGGGGCUUACAGACUGUAGGAGCCUUGGAGGAGAUUGUGCUGCUGUGGAAGGCGUACGCAGGCUGUGUCUGGGGUGUGCACAGGAUGUUGUGCUGUUACCAUGAUCUCCUAGCUCAGGUGCAGGUACAGCCUGUACUCUGCUGCGUUAUUAGCUUAUCUAUGUGUUAAACUAAUACAUGGAUGAUAGGUCUGGCUCAUACGAAGUUGGUGCCUAAACUGGACAUACAGACUAGGAGGGCUAGAGGGUGCUAUGUAGAAAUGUCAUCAAUUAGUUAUAUUUGUCAUGAUAAAUGAAUAGAACAGCUUUCUCAACUUUACCUGACGUACCGGUUCAUAAUGCUUAAUAUUAACUUCUGAAACGAGAGACCAGUGCAAAAGGUCAGUAUUUCUCAAGAAACCAAUCCGUAGCCAAAACAAAAAUUUUAGCAGAUAGCUUCCCUGCCACCUCCUAAGUUAAUUAUGGAGUUAAUUUUAAUUGAUACACUAGGAAAAGAUCUGUGAAAAGCAAAAAUAAAAAAAAAAAAAUCACACAACUUCUGCUUUGUUUCUUCUUUAUUCUCUAAUUAUUUUGCAAAAUUGUUUACGAGUGCUUAUCUGGUGGUUUCAUAGCCAGUUAGAUCUAAUCCAGUAGCUAAAACCCAGGUAUCUUUUUUUGUUUUUGUUUUGUCAGUGAUGUGACUGUGUCAAUAACUGUAAAUAGCUGGGUAAUUUGAGAUGACUAAUGAGAUGAAAUGCAGCAAAAUAAAAAUGACAUUAUGCGUUGUGGUGGCUAUGCUGAGAAAUGACGUACUAUACAUCCCACUGACAGAAUUUUGUCCUGUGGUAUAUAAUCUACAAAUGGCACAGGAAAUGGUUUCUGAAUAUAGAAUACAAACCUUUGUAACAUUAUUUUUGAUAGUGGAGACAUUCUUCCUCUUACUACAGUACCAAUGAGAGCUAGCAGAAAGUUACGUACUUAAGGUAGGAGGGCAAAGGUUGGGGUAGAAAUGGAUUUUCUGAGCUUGGCAGGUGGUGUUAGAGAGAAGCAGGUAAUUAGACAUUGACAGAAAUGAAAAGACCAUGUGUAGGCUUAAAGAGGUCUCAAAUAUGGGGAUAUUUUCCUCAGUUGGUCUAGAAGGAGCUAUGAAACUCUGAAGAGCUGAGUGAAUUGGGAAUGAUUAAAUUGAUAAUUCAUUGCAGAUGGGAAUUAAAAUGGAGGAGUGAGUUAUGGUGGGAGCUGUCUGGUAAAAACAGAUUUAGUGGGCUAAAAAAACCAAAUUAGUUUGAACUAAAUAAUAUAAGAGGGCAAGAGAGAAUUAAAUGAAGUAAAAGCUGAUAUUUCGCCUUGCCUAAACCACACUUUGUUUCUUCCUUUCACAAACUGAUGAAUUGGCAGGGGUAAGCAAUGCAACUAAUGACUCAUGGUGCUUUUACUUACUUUGGAGAGUGUUUCCCAAGAGCAGGAAUAAUCACGGUGAAUGCUUUGAUUAAAAGUGAUGCUUUUAUAUCUAGCUUAAUGUCUCUAAUACUCAGGCUUUUAUAUCUUUAUACAUCCAUUUGUCUUGAAGUCACUGGUAAGACUAUUUAAAGCUGCAGAGCUCUAUUUGCAUGUGUGGGUACAUGAGUCUUAGUGGUGCUAAGGUUUCAUAAAUGUCAGCUGAGUAGUAAUAAUCUU